CACGUCAAUGGGGAGGAAAUGGUUUUUGGAUUUUUUUAGCUUCUUCUCUCCCCAACCACCACCUUCCUCUUCUCCUUUCUCCUCCUUCAUCCAUAUUACGCAAUCUCUCCUCCCUCCAAGUCGAGAUUUGUACUCUCAAUUUUGCAGUUGAAAUUCCGUUUCCCAUUUGAAAUUUGUACAUAUAUUUUUUUGAGCUUAGGGUUUCGUUAGUAUUAAUCAAACCAUAGAUUACACGUCCUUAGUCGUUGGUGGUGUAUUUUGAUUACACGAUUCGCCGUGGUGGGUUCAGAAAUGGCUUCGAGUUUUGAUCGAUGGGAGAAGGAUCCAUAUUUCUCCGCCGCCGAGGAAGUUCAGGAAUCUGCCGACAGGAUGGAAUCGACAUAUAGAACAUGGAUUCACGCAAAAAAGGACAGUUCCAGUAUGUGGAAUCCGGAGGAACUCGGCAGGGAUCUCCGUACAACUCUUGGAACUACCAAGUGGCAGUUAGAUGAGUUUGCUCGAGCGGUCAGGUCGAGUUAUGCUAGAGGUCCAAGUGAGGAUGCAAGAGAUAGGCACCACGAAUUCAUUGUUGCUAUGGAGGGCCAGAUUUCUGAGGUUGAAAAUGCAUUACGGGAAUCUGCCUUUGCUGAGGGGAAGACUUCUCUGCCUUGGGUGCGUUUGGAUGAAGGAGAGUGUAAUGAACUAGCUUCUUUUCUUUCGGGAGCGACUGCUUCUGAAGAGAAAGUUGUUGCUAAGAGUAGAGAUAUUGAAAACCCACAAGUGACGGAUAGAGAAUCAGCACCAGAUUGUGCAAAGAACUCGUGUGGUUCCCAGGAGGAGAAGUCACAUGGGCAUAGGAGGACAGCUAGUGCUAGUGCUGAUAUUGGUUCCUGGAAGAUUGCAGUCUAUGAUGAUGGCCAGUUACCAUCUUCUUCUGUUAUGAUGAUUGAACAACCUGUGCGAAAGAUACCCAGUUUGUCUGGAUUUAUAAGUUCCAUGGAAUCUGCAUCGAAGUUGAAGUGGUCUAAGAAUGGUGUCAGGAAGUGGAAGGCAGUGGACCGUCAUGAAGGCAAUGAUGCUGCAUUGUUACCAUCUUCUCAGUUGCCUAGGAGCAUUGAUGCUUGCUAUGAAAGAAGCAAGAGCUGUUUGGACAGUGAUUGCUAUGAUAAACAACUAUAUGGCUGGUAUGGAGCAAUACAGAGACAACUUCAACGAUCCCAGUACUAUGUGCAGUAUAGCUGGCCUGCUCAUGUAGCUUUUUGGAUUGUUCUUCUCCUUUGCUUGAUUUUUUUGAUUGCAUUUCGUGCAAUCUGAGGAUAUGACUCUCUCCCCAGUUUUUGGUAGCUCAUGGAAGCGGGAGGAGAAAUGGUCUCAAUUCAUUUAGAAACUCGAUGUAUGUUGUCAAAGAUGGACAUAGAGGUAGGAAAUAUUUUAUCUCGUAAAUGAAGUGCCAAACGGCAAACACGACCUGGAACCUUCAAAAAAUUGUGUUUCUCUUUGUUGGUUUCCUGUAUCAUCUCUUAAUCUUGAUUUCGUUGAUGGAGGAUAGCUUCUGUUGUAAUAUAGUACCCAACAAUAUCAAAACUGUGCCAAAGUUGUUAGCGAAAUGACAAUAGCUCAGCUCCACUGGAUCUUGUAAUGUAGUUUCUCUUCCUCGUAGGCACCCCACCCUUAUGUACCGGUUCUGAUUGUGUAGUAUAUGAAAGUUCAGAUUUCCUAAA